AUUUCACUUCACCAGCUGGUACCAUCACAACUUCAUUUUUCUUUACUGCUAAAUCCAUCUUUAUAUACUCUCUUAAACAUUUCAGUUUCUGCCGAAGCAUAUCAUCACCAUUUCUUUGUUUCUCCUCUCUCUCAAUUCCUCUUGGUCAGGAAUCAGGGAGUCUGGUCACCUUAAAAGGCAACAUAAAAAGUCACGGAAAAAAUGAGACUUUCCAUGGUUUUCGUGAUUGCUGCGCUAUUGUUUUUGUGCUCUUCAGCAAAUGCUCAGAAAGCAGCUAGUCCUCCCUCACUAGCCCCAACUCCAGCGCCAGCGCCAGCCCCUGAUCAUGUGAACCUGACUGAUUUACUCACUGUGGCUGGUCCAUUCCACACCUUCCUUAAUUAUCUUGAAUCCACUAAAGUCUUGGAUACCUUCCAAAACCAAGCUAACAAUACUGAAGAAGGCAUUACCAUAUUUGUGCCCAAAGAUGAUGCCUUUAAGUCACUUAAGAACCCUUCUUUAUCCAAACUCACUCAAGACCAGCUUAAGCAACUUUGCCUAUUCCAUGCCUUGCCACAUUUCUACUCUCUGGCUGAGUUCAAGAAUCUUAGCCAAGGAGGUCCUGUUAACACAUAUGCUGGUUCUGGGGGUUACUCCUUGAAUUUCACUGAUGAUUCUGGGACCGUGCACAUUGAUUCAGGAUGGACUAGAACUAAAGUUAGUAGCAGUGUGCAUUCAACUGAUCCUGUUGCCGUGUAUCAAGUUGAUAAGGUCCUUCUUCCAGAGGCAAUCUUUGGUACCGACAUUCCUCCGAUGCCAGCUCCUGCUCCUGCUCCUGUUGUUGCACCGCCUGCCGAUACUCCAUCUGAUACAAGUGACAACGGUACUUCUCCAAAAUCUUCACCAGCAAAUUCUUCUGGUGUGGUCAUCAACUGGGGUAUUUGGAGUCAGUUGGUUUUGGCAGUGUCUGGUGGGUUGGUAUUGUUCUUGUAAGAGAUGAUUCGAUUCAGUCUUUAAUUUAUGUUACAAGGAUAUAUCCGGAUUUGUUUCAUUUGCUUUGAUUUUUAAACAAAUUUUUUAUUAAAUAUGCUAUUGGGAUCAUGUAUCAGAA